AAGACACGAGUUUUCUCACGGAGACGACGAUUCUUUACUUCACUCGUGGACUAAAGCUGAAGUUUAAGAUGAAGAUCCUCCUCUUCUUCACCUUCUACCUGAUCUCAGGUCCUGUGAGCUGCUCUGAUGUGAUUGGCUACUCUGGAGGUACUGUCAUGAUUCACUGCACAAUACCAAGAGUAACCAAUAGAGGAUACAAUAUGUAUUUUUGUAAGGAUUCAGCACAUCAGUGUGUGUAUAUGAAAUCUGAUUCAACACCGAAAACAUGGGAUCAUAAAGGCAGAGUUUCUCUACAAGAAUCUGACGGAUUCCUCACAGUGAUCUACAGAGAUCUGAGUUCAGAGGACACUGGAUUAUAUCUGUGUGGAGGAACUGGAGAGUGGAAGAACACUGUAAAUCUGAAAGUGAAAACAGACAAAUGUUGUUCUGAACAAAAGACACUGACCAGCCACCCAGGAGAAACCGUAACUAUCAGCUGUUCCUAUCCAGAGGAGUUUAAAGAAAAAUCUAAAUUCAUCUCCAGACUGAACGGUCUAGACUUUACUGAAAUGGCUCAUACCUCAGACCCUUCAAGAGGAAGAUUCUCCAUCUCUGAGGACAGAAGGUCUAGAGUUGUGAGAAUCAGUGAUGUGAGAAAAAGCGAUGGAGGAGUUUAUUACUGUGGAGUAUCAGGUGAUCCGGGUGCAGUCAGUUACGACACCUUCUUCACUAAGACUUAUCUACGAGUUACUGGUAAGGACCAUUUAUCAUAUAAUUAUGUCCAUGUGUUCUUUUACUAA